AUGUUUAUGGACCCUUCUGCUCGUGUGCCUCACGUCUUCGUUAUACCCCCCGAAGAAGAGCACUCGCAAAAUCCUCCUUGGUGCUGUUUUGAUGCAGACCUGCCUCCAGAAAAUAGCAGACCCAUCGAGGUGUCCUCUGCUAACCAGCCUGACAUCUUAUUCGAUCCUAGUGCAAGCCCGGUGGUUGUCCCACAGUCCAGGAGCUCUACAUCUAGCAGUAGGAGCGAGAAGCAUCAGCACCCAGAUCAUAUCAUCAUCUCUUCAAUGCACAAUAAUGACCUCAUUCGCAUUGUCCCGCAUGAUGUGCGAGAGGACUCGGACGUGAUUGAGGUCGUUAAGGUCAAACGUCCCAAGGACAAAAAAUCCAAUCACACAGAUCACGUCCCACCGUCGCCGUCUAACCCAGAGUCACAGUUAAAACGCUCAAAGACUUUCCGCGCUCGUGCAUCCCGUGCAUUCCUAUCCAUAAAGAAUGUCUCUCUCCCCCGUGGCAAGCAAAACAACUCCAAACCGCAUGUCAAGGACCUAUGGACAUCCACUGAAAGCAUGCCAGGCAUCUUCAGAGGCGUUUUGCAUUCCAGAGAGGAUGUGCCACCAACGGCGAGUCGCAAGCUUUCGAGCCUCUUCCAGAAACAGCCAUUUUCCUCCUCACCGGAGGGAAUUCUCUCGAGCUCGACGACUACGUCAUUGCCUUAUCUCAAGGACUCUGACACCACUCCUUCUAUCGAUGAGAUUCGGCCCUCGUAUGAGUUCAUCGAGCGCCCCCUCACUCCCUGCGCACCCACAUACGACCAUAGUCUUCGUCGUCCAGUGUCUUCGGCCGACUUUCAACGAGCUCCCUCAUCCGAGUCCAAGUCCAGCAAGGAUUUGAAGCGACCUGUCUCAUCACAGGAUCUUCAACGUCCAGAGAAAGACUUGCGUCCUGUAUCUUCGGAUGAUUUCCGGCAGGACGAGCGCCCGACGUCACCUAGCCCCCCUUCCACCCAAAGAUCGCGCAAACGCUUUUCCGUUAAUGAGCUGCAUCGCCUUUUCUCCUUCUCUCCAGAACCUCCCUCCUCUUCCACAGUUCCUUCCGCGUCCAUAUCCGCGUCGACCUCGAGUACACUCUCUUAUCCCGAUGUUCCAUACGCCGCGGUGCAUUUUGUUGAUGAUGAUUACGGAAGGGAGAUCGAAGGCAAGUAUGGUCGCAAUCUCGACCUGCUUCAUGGUGACGAUGACGAUGACGAGUUGCCCUCACCCUCACGGCCAAGGGAUAUCAGCUUCGAGUUGCGGCUUGACAGCUUGCACUUUGACUCACUUUCAUUCAACGCUGAGGACUUUGAUGUGAGCAUGAACUUGGCAGCUUCAGGGUUGGGUAUUUCACAACGGUGA